ACUCCCCCUUCCUUCCUCAGAUGACUUUAACAGAGGGCCCAGUGUUACUACUCUUCAGAGUCUUCCUGGCCUCAGCAGUGGAGAGCAGAAACAGGACAGCUCCUCAGGAUGGAGACAGCUCAAAGACAAGUCCCUACGUACCUUGCUCUGUCCAUCUUCAACUUGUUAUGCUGCUGCUUCCCACUUGGAAUAGUUGCCCUGAUCUUUUCUCUCAGAACAGAGAAUGCCUCCGGGGUAGGCAAGAUGGAAGAAGCAGCCAAGGCCUCCCACACCGCCCGCAUGCUGAACAUCAUUGGGAUCGUCAUAGGAAUCAUUGUUAUCAUCUCCAUGAUCAUCAUCAUCAUCGUGACGAAGACUGCGCACUGACAGAGCAGCUUCAGCUGCCGAGAGCUCAUCAGCCGCAGCCAUCUGCAUGUAUCCAUUGCAAGCUCCUUUUUCCUGACUCUAAGAAACGUGGGCCAAAGAAACCAACCAUCUGAGUCUAGGCAAGCCCUGAGGGUGUCCGAAGAUGUCCUGUACAAGCACCCACGGCCUGUCCUCGUGGAAGCAUUUCUUAGCAGUUAAUUGCUUUGGCUUUUCCUAGCUGUGCUUUCCCGAUCCAUGCACAUGUACAUGUAACGAGACAUAAUAAAAGUGACUUGUGUAAG